GUUCGAUCGUAUUACCUAAAAUAGGAAGCAGAAUUUUAAGCCGAAAGAAUUUUCAGCCACCGAAAUUCGGCCAUUUAUAGCCCUUUAUGUUCUUCUAUACCAAGGCAACAUAAACGACCGCCUUUGGGCUUCCUGUAAUUAUCGUCCGCCGCAACUUGCCUCUUAACCCCCAUGUCCUCUAAACGCGGCCGUAAAAGAAAUGAUAAUCUUCCCCCUAAUCGUGCUAGAGAUGUCCAACGGGCUUUCCGUGCACGACGCGCUGCUCAUCUUCAGGCUCUAGAGCAAAGGGUCUCCGAACUUGAAGAAGAAAACAGCUGCCUUCGACAAGCUCUCAACCUUCCACCUGCUAAUCGUCCAACGCUUGGCAAAGGUCCCACAGGCAAAGACAAACCCAAAGCAUAUAAUCCUCAUAGUCUGGCCACUAUGUCCAUGCAUUCCCGAGACUUUUCGGACUCUCCACCCUCCACUCGUAUGAGCUCUCAUUCCCCAGAGAGCGCAAUAGUCAGGCUCGAUGAUCCUGCCUGGGAUCAGACAAUCGUUAUGAGCGACACUCAAUCCGAUCUUCCAAACUCAUCGGCCUCUUCAUCCUACCCUUUGCCUCCUAUGUCCGCCCCGCCAUCUUCAAAAUCUAUGCAAUAUAAUCCAUAUCCGUCUACCUCCAGGAGUUCGUCUGGAUCCGGAUCCGCUUACAUGAACUCUCAGUCCAACUAUUCUCAAUCUGGGGACAGAUCCUUGAAUAACAUCAAUUAUUCAAUUCCCCUUGUGCGCCUCGAUGUUCGGGAGGAGCCCCGUACACAUUAUCCGUACUCCCCUUCGCCAUAUGACAGCAACGUGCAAAACACACCCCCACCUUCGGCGCCACCCCAUUUACAUUCUCAGCGCGACUCUUCCAUCUCUUACUCUAUCCGACGUCCCAUAAUUGAGCCAUAUACCCUUGAAUCAGGGUUCCCUCAACUUCCUCAUCAUGUCUCACAUCACGGCAUGCAUGUUUCUUCACCUUCUCCACGGUUGCAGGAAAACGGUGUAGGUCCUGAGUUGCCUGCCCCACGACACAUAUAUAAUACUACGCCCGAAGCCAUCAAUCGCACACCGUCGAUGUCCUGAAAACGCAAUUAAUGCCACCAUCCUGGAGACACCUGUCUUUUCACACAUUUAAUUCCAACGAACUCCUUGGGCCUUUUCGGACUCUUUGUUGUAUUGUUAUUCCUAUAAUCGUACAUGUAAUGUAAUUCUCGUCCUACCUACCGUAAACAUGUACCAUUUAAACCGUAUGAUAUCGACCUCACAUACUUACCAUACACUAAGCUCGUUAACACAACACAUAGUCAUCUCUGCUUCCACUCAGCCUUGAGGCAUCCUCCGGCAAAAAGUGAAACUCCUUUCUGUCUGUUCGAGACUUCAAGU